AUGGCGCCCGCAGCAUCAUCCGGCGGCAAGAAGCAAAAGAAGAAGUGGUCAAAGGGAAAGGUCAAGGACAAGGCGAACCACGCCGUUGUAUUGGACAAGGCCACCUCCGACAAGCUCAACAAGGACGUCCAAUCGUACCGACUCAUCACCGUCGCUGUUCUCGUUGA